AGGAUGUGGCUGUGGAAGAGGAAUCAGUGGAAACCACAGCGGAGGAGGCUCCUGUGGAGGCACCUGUUGAUGCGCAUGAAAUGACAGUGGUGGAGGUGACUGCAGAGGAGCCUGCACAGUCUCAAACCAAAGCAGGCCUGGCACUGAGGGACCGCUCCCACAUUGAGGACACGCUGCGAUUGGCUGCUGCUGAACCCUCAGCAGAGUUUUCAGCUGCUAUGAAGAAGCUGCUGAACAUCUACCACACUGCCAUCAAGCCAAUGGAGCAAGCCUACAAGUACAAUGAGCUCAGGCAGCAUGAAGUCACAGACGGCGAGGUCACCUCUAAGCCAAUGGUUUUGUUCCUGGGGCCGUGGAGUGUCGGCAAGUCCUCCAUGAUCAACUACCUGCUGGGUCUUGACGGCACCUCACAGGGACUCUACACAGGUGCUGAGCCCACCACCUCAGAGUACACAGUCAUAAUGCACGGAGAGAAGUCUCGGACCAUUGAGGGCAUCGUUAUGGCAGCAGACAGCUCCCGGUCCUUCUCACCCCUGGAGAAGUUUGGCCAAGGCUUCCUGGAGCGGCUGGUGGGCAUCGAGAUGCCCCACAAGCUGCUGGAGAGGGUCACCUUCGUUGACACGCCAGGCAUCAUUGAAAAUCGCAAGCAGCAGGAGAGAGGUUACCCCUACAGUGAGGUCUGCCAAUGGUUCAUCGACCGAGCUGAUCUGAUCUUCCUGGUGUUCGACCCCACUAAGCUGGACGUGGGUGGGGAGUUGGAGAUGCUUUUCAAGCAGAUGAAGGGCCGCGAGUCCCAGAUUCGCCUCAUCCUCAACAAGGCCGACAGCCUUUCCACACAGGACCUGAUGAGGGUCUACGGAGCCCUGUUCUGGAGCAUGGCGCCCCUGAUCAAUGUUACAGAGCCUCCUCGGGUGUACGUCAGCUCCUUCUGGUCUCAGGACUACGCUAUGGACACUAGCCGAGGGCUCUUCAUGAAGGAGGAGAGCUCUCUGCUGGAGGACCUCAACCAGGUGAUUGAGAAUCAGAUGGAGAACAAGAUCGCAUUCAUCCGCCAGCAUGGGAUCCGUGUGCGCAUCCACGCCCUGCUGGUGGACCGCUACCUCCAGACCUACUAUGACAAGCUGGGCUGGUUUAGCGACCCCUACGAGGUGUUCCAGGACAUUGUCAAUGACCCGGACAAGUACUACAUCUUCAAAUCCAUUCUGGCCAAAACCAACGUUAGCAAGUUUGACCUGCCCAACAAGGAGGCUUACCAGGACUUCUUCGGUGUGAACCCGGUGUCUGGCCUCAAGCAGCUCUCCUCCCACUGCAGCUGGACCGGCGGCUGCCUGCUGGAGAAGAUCGAGAGGGCCAUCUCGCACGAGCUUCCAGCUUUGCUCAGCAGUGUCAGCAAGGCCACAGACACGCCUGCCCCAGCGAAGGCUGCGCCAACACCUCCGCCUCCACUCCCUGGCACCUGCGAGGGUCCCGGGUGUGAGGAGAAACCCAAGAAUCGCUGGAGGAGGCAGUGAGAUGGAGGAGAGGGGCGCAGGAUGAGGAACAGAGGGGGUAGAUGGGUUUCCUGAAAUAAUCCCUGCUGCUGUGAUCUUCAGGACUAGCAAUGGGGAGACCGAGCAGUCAGGGAGAACGAGAGUGGAAAUGUGCAAAGAUGUACCAAGUAGACCUGGGUCAGAAUAUUUCUUAAUAGGCCUUCUUGUUUUUACCUGCAUGGAGUACCAGCCAGGUGGCUUUUACUACUUUGGGACAGUUCAGAUAAGUUGUAGAUGACAGAGAAGUUUACCCAACAGAUUUUUAAAUACUUUUCUAUGACUGUAUAACAACUCUCUGGUACACACUGUUCUGUGCACCCUCCUGAUACUUAGGUAGGUCAGAAGGUUUUGUAGAGAAAGAAUUGCAGAAAAAGAGGCUUGUCAGCAACUUUCUGAAGCCAAUAAUGUCUGCAAAACGUGAUGAAUGUCUGCAGGUGAAACAAACUUCCAAAACAUGAUAACAGAAAAAACAUCUCUCUUCUUAUAUAAUGUUUCAAGUUAAUGAAAUCAGAGAAGGAUUGUCUUCUUACAUCUCACUGUUUUCAAGUUUGUAAAGUUUUUUUUUCUUCAGUGUAAGAUGCCAGCAGUGAUUGUACUCCUACAGUGAUGCAGUAAAUUUUGUCUUCUGUGUUGUUUGUAAAGUCUGAAGAUUCAGUCAAACUGCUGUGCUGUGUUUUUACAGUUAAAUCAAGUGUAGUUAUCAUGGCAGGGCGCAUAUUUUAAACGGUGGGACAAUGAAAUAGGGUGCUCUCGUAGUGUUUUAUUUAGCAGUGAUUCAACCAUGUUUUGUCACUGUUGCACUAUUGUAUACUGUACUGUCAUUGUUUUGUCUGUAUUGUACUAUAUACUACGUUCAUUACAAAAACAAGUUUUAUUUUAACACUUCUCUGCACUGAGACUGAAUUGACUGAAUACAACCAAGGAAUUCUCCUCAAAACUCCGUCAUUUAAUCGUAGCUUUUUGUUCAUGUAAGCCUGUAUUUAAUGCCAACUGGGCCUUUUCAGCCCUCUGAACAGUUGCUAGUUUUACCUCAACACGGCUGCACACCACGUGGGCAUUUCCUUUAAAAAUGUCAUCUUUUUCUCAUUCUUUUAGGUCUGUUUGUAAUUGUCAUUCUUUUGAGUGAUUUCUUUUGAUUAAACAACAACAAAACUUCA